AUGCAUACACAGGACAAUGCGGCUAGCGAGGCUGAGACAGUGGGCUUCCUGCACGCUCGCAAAGCCGGCGAUCGGCUGCACUUCUGUGUGAGCUGCGGCUUCCCGAUCGCCACCUACGGCCGCCUGUCACCCUGCCUGCACGCAUUCUGCCUGACCUGCGCCACAGACAUGGAGAGGUGCUACAUAUGCAACGCCCAGAUCAACCGCAUCGAGAGGAUAGGGGGUGGUGCCCGUCUAUAUGUGUCAUCAGUGACCCUUCAGAGCUUCAAAUCCACGGACGAUCUCAAGCAGCACACACAGCGGGUCUACUCUCACCUGAUGGCCUGCAAGGAGGUUUCUGCCCCCGAGGCAGUGUCCAGCUCCUAUCCUCCACAGCCCUCACCCUCUCCCCAAGGCCUGGCCCACACAUACCCAACACGCCACCAGAUGCCAUACAGAUAG